AUGUCAGUGGACAACGCUACGAAAGCCGUCUGCCAUUGCAAGCCUUGCCAGAAAGGUCAAAAGCGGACUGCAAGCGCCUUCAGCGUCAACGUCAUCAUCCCCCGCAGCGCCUUCAAGAUAACCCAAGGUAUCACCAGAUCCUAUCCACACCUUGGCGACUCCGGCAAGCUGUACCACAGCCACUUCUGCGACAACUGCGGCGCAUCCACCCACGGCGUUCCCGACGCGUCCACCUCUGUUCUUGCCAUCAAGGCAGGAAGCUUGGACGAAGAGUUCGUCGACUUGGGCGCGAUGGACUCCGAAUUCUAUGUCGUCGACCGCUUGGGAUAUUUGAAGGCUCUGGAGGGCGUCAAGCAGCACGAUGGAAUGUGA